UUAUAUAAGUCUACCUGUAUAUAAGCCCACUGCGCCUGCUUCUGUUGUGUGAAUACAAUCAUGAAGUACUUCAUUCUCCUGGCUCUGUUCGCUGCAGCCUUUGCUGCUCCCAUCGAUGAUGAGGAUGACAAGAUUGUUGGAGGCUACGAGUGCAGAAAGAACUCUGUGCCCUACCAGGUCUCUCUGAACAGCGGCUACCACUUCUGUGGAGGCUCCCUGAUCUCCAGCACCUGGGUGGUGUCUGCUGCUCACUGCUACAAGUCCCGUGUGCAGGUGCGUCUUGGUGAGCACAACAUUGCUGUCAAUGAGGGCACAGAGCAGUUCAUCAGCUCUGCUAAGGUCAUCCGUCACCCCAGAUACAGCAGCCGCAACCUGGACAAUGACAUCAUGCUCAUCAAGCUGAGCAAGCCCGCCACCCUGAACAGCUACGUCCGCACCGUGUCCCUGCCCUCCAGCUGUGCCAGCUCUGGCACCAGCUGUCUGAUCUCUGGAUGGGGCAACACCAGCAGCUCUGGAAGCAACUACCCUGAUCGUCUGAGGUGCCUGAAUGCCCCCAUCCUGAGCGACAGCAGCUGCAGGAACUCCUACCCUGGUCAGAUCACCUCCAACAUGUUCUGUGCUGGAUUCCUCGAGGGAGGCAAGGACUCCUGCCAGGGAGACUCUGGUGGUCCCGUGGUGUGCAAUGGUCAGCUGCAGGGUGUUGUGUCCUGGGGUUAUGGCUGCGCCCAGAGGAACAAGCCUGGUGUCUACGCCAAGGUCUGCAACUACAACUCCUGGAUUCGCAGCACCAUGUCCUCCAACUAAAGUCACUUUUACCAGAAAAGGACAUUAAUCCAAGAGAUGUCUGACUAUGAGAACAGUUUGAAGACAAUAAAAGAUUAACACCAACCGCA